CGCGGGCGCUGCCCGGCCCCGGCCGGCGGAGGGCGGAGCGCGCGGCGCCGUAGCCGAGGGCGCGCCGCGGAGGGGCGCACGCAGGCCGCCGGGCCUCCGGCGUGCUGGGCCGCGCUGGUGCCCGAUCGGGCAUCGGCGGCGAGAGGAGGCCGGAGACGAUCGCUGGCCGGCGACGAUAGGCGUGUAGGGUGGCCCGCAGCCCUCCGCAGGGAGAACGAACGGCGAGCUGGCAGUCGUGGCUCCGCUGGGUGUCCAGACAGGUGAUCGUUGGUGCAGCAGCGGCUCCAGACUCGCUCUGGGGUCCCUCCCGAGGCUGAUGCCCACAAAUAUGCGGAAUUACCGGCCGGGUCGCUCCUAAAGCCAGCUCCGGGGAGCGAGCGCGGCAGCGGCCAGCACGGGGAACGCACCAAGGAAGCCCAGCCCCCGCCCUCCGCCCCUUCCGUCCCCACCCCCUACCCGGCGGCCCAGGAGGCUCCCGGCGCGGCGGGCGCGCACUCCCUGUUCCUCCCCGCCGUCGUCGCCGGCGCUGCACUCUGCUCGCGCCGGGCGCGCUCCGCCGGCUCCCUGCUCUCCGCGCCACCCUCCUCCGGGCCGCGUUCCCUGAGGGAUGGUACUGAAUUUCGUCGCCACAGGAGCCCGGCUGGAGCGCCCGCCCCGCGGCCUCGCCUCCCUGCCGAGCCGCCAGCACCUCGGGACGCGAUGAAGACCUGGGCUUGCCUGCUUCUCCUCGGCUGCGGAUACCUCGCCCAUGCCCUGGCUGAGGAAGCGGAGAUUCCCCGUGAGCUGAUCGAGCGGCUGGCUCGCAGUCAGAUCCACAGCAUCCGGGACCUGCAGCGACUCCUGGAGAUAGACUCCGUAGGGGCUGAGGAUGCCUUGGCGACCAGCCUGAGAGCCCACGGGUCCCGUGCCAAGCAUGCACCCGAAAAGCGGCCUGUGCCUAUCCGUCGGAAAAGAAGCAUCGAGGAAGCCAUUCCCGCAGUCUGCAAGACCAGGACGGUCAUUUAUGAGAUACCUCGGAGCCAGGUGGACCCCACGUCUGCCAACUUCCUGAUCUGGCCCCCGUGCGUGGAGGUGAAGCGCUGUACUGGCUGCUGUAACACGAGCAGCGUGAAGUGCCAGCCCUCGAGGGUCCACCAUCGGAGUGUCAAGGUGGCCAAGGUUGAAUACGUCAGGAAGAAGCCAAAAUUAAAAGAGGUCCAGGUGAGACUAGAGGAGCACUUGGAGUGUGCGUGUGCGACCUCCAGCCUGAAUCCAGACCAUCGGGAAGAGGAGACCGGAAAGCGUAGGGAAUCAGGUAAAAAACGGAAAAGGAAAAGGUUAAAACCCACAUAAAGCACCAGACCAAGAUGUGAGGUGAGGAUGAGCCCCCCCAGCCCGCUCGGGACACGGAUGUAGUGGCGUGUUACAUUCCUGGACCUACUAUGUACGGUGCUUUAUGGCCAGUUGUGCGGUCUUUGUUCUUUUCCGUGAAAAAAAAAAAACCAACAAAAAAACAAAAAACAAAAAAAACAAAAAACUGUGUUCAAGAAUCCCCCGGAGAACAAAGAGACUGUGUCCACUCGCUCGAUGUCACAUCAAAGGAAGUAUUGUAGCACUUGGGUGGGACGGUAAGACGCUUCCUUGUCAGAAAAAGAGAGAAAAAAAAUCACCAAACCCAACGCCAAACCACAACACACAGAAAGAAACAACGGACUCCAGCAGAUUAGCUAAGGCCAACGAUGGCGAAGGGACAGCCCUGCGGAAUGAAGGUGAUGCUGUCCCAGGCUCGCGUCUGGUCCCUUCUUCCUCCUGGUACUGGCCAGCUCGGGACUCCAGGGGUCACUGGCUUUGUGGGGACACAGGGAUCGGAGUAAGUGGGAGUUGUCCGGGAGCCCCCCCCC